AUGGGUGUGGGUGUGGGAGUAGUGGGUUUGGGUGUGGGUUUGGGUAUGGGUAUGGUUGUGGGUGUGGGUGUAGUGGGUUUGGGUGUGGGUGUGGGUGUGGGUCUGGGUGUGGGUGUGGGUGUUGUGGGUGUGGUUGUGGGUGUGGGUCUGGGUAUGGGUGUGGGUGUGGGUGUGGGUGUGGGUGUAGUGGGUGUGGGUGUGGGGGGUGUGGGUCUGAGUGUGGGUGUGGGUCUGGGUAUGGGUGUGGGUGUAGUGGGUUUGGGUGUGGGUUUGGGUGUGGGUGUGGGUGUGGGUGUAGUGGGUUUGGGUGUGGGUGUGGGUAUGGGUGUGGGUAUGGUUGUGGGUGUGGGUGUAGUGGGUUUGGGUGUGGGUGUUGUGGGUAUGGUUGUGGGUGUGGGUCUGGGUAUGGGUGUGGGUGUGGGUGUAGUGGGUUUGGGUGUGGGUGUGGGUGUGGGUGUGGUGGGUUUGGGUGUGUGUGUUGUGGGUUUGGGUGUGGGUGUGGGUGUGGGUGUGGGUGUGGUGGGUUUGGAUGUGGGUUUGGGUGAUCCCUGA